AUCACAUCGACGGAAGUGUUUGGCACCUCGAUGUCGACUCAUCGCAUCCUGGUGGUGAAGAAGCUACCAAGGGUUGGGCUGUUCGCCCAUUAAAGCGUUCGCCGUCCGGACUACCAACUGCGAUUUCAAAUUCGACGAUCCGGAAACGUCCUGAUGGAAUUUCGGAGUAUGCCAUUGUAGGAAAUCAAAUAGUUAAGAUUAUUUUGGAAAAUUUACAAGGACACUUACAGUUGAAAAGAAAGCAGGCUAAAUUGGUUUUAGAUAUUAUUAAUAAUCUGUCAAAAUUACAAAAUCCACCGACUUUUAUAAAGUUGUGCGGAUUGGUUGAUAAGAUGGUAUUUCUCAAUGAUUCGAAAAAAAGAACCAUAACUGCUUUGGUAGUGAGAAAUGAAUUAGAAAAACAUAAUUUAUUCCCCGUAGAGACUGAGGGAAUAAAAUCCUGA